AAUGGGAACAUGUUGCUUUGCUCCACAAGUCGCUAUUAAUUGUGCAUUCUCUGUUUCAACUUCGGCAUGCACAGAUGCACUAAGCUCUAAACUUCUCUUCCUUUCUGUCUCUUUCCCUACUUACCUCUCUGUUCUCACUAUCUUGUUCUUGAUUUCAUUAAAUACUGGACUGCACUUACUUCAAACUUCUACAGGAAAAGAAACAGAUAUGGGUUGUUUUCUUUGAUCUUUUUUUCAUCGUUUUCUUAAAAGAGAAGAAACCCCGGAAGAUUUCAGCCAAGGGAAAAGAUGGGUGUCUUUCGGUUCCUGUUCUUUCUUGUUCUUUUGUUCACACUUCAGGUUCCACGGCGUGUUCAUGGGAACACGGAGCUGAAGGCUUCUUUAGACCCAACAAACAAGGUGCUGGAGUCGUGGAAAAGUGAUGGGGACCCUUGCAGUGGUUCUUUUGCGGGUGUGGCUUGUAAUGAGCACCGUAAGGUGGCUAACAUUUCGUUGCAGGGAAAGGGUCUUUCUGGUGAACUCUCGCCUGCUAUUGUGAGACUCAAGUGUCUCUCUGGCUUGUACUUGCAUUACAAUUCGUUGUCUGGAAAGAUACCGGUAGAGCUUUCACAACUUCAGGAAUUAACUGAUCUUUAUCUUAAUGUCAACGAUCUGUCUGGUAACAUUCCUCCUCAGAUCGGAAACAUGGCUGCUUUACAAGUUCUACAGUUGUGUUGCAACCAGCUGACAGGGAAUAUGCCUAGGGAGAUUGCCUCUUUGAAGCGACUAAAUGUUCUUGCUCUGCAAUAUAAUAGACUAGAUGGUAAAAUCCCAGCCAGCAUAGGCAACUUGAGAAUGUUAAGAAGACUUGACUUGAGCUUCAAUGGCCUCUUCGAUUCAAUUCCUCCAACGUUAACUGACAUCCCACAACUGGAAAUUCUAGAUAUCCGAAACAAUAAACUAUCUGGAAAUGUCCCUUCGGGUUUAAAAAGAUUAAAAGGAGAAUUUCAUGGUGACAACAACCCAGGUCUGUGUGGAACAGGAUUUCCAACAUUGAGAACUUGCGGCCCUUUUGAUGAUAUGAAUAUUAACAAGCUAGAACCAUUCAGAUCACAUCUAAAUAAUACUGCUCCAGCACCAGCCGUUACCUUGAACACAUCAAAUAUCCAGGGACACUGCAACCACCCUCAUAGCCUACAUCGAUCCAGAUUCCUAGAAAUAUCUGUUAUUUCAGGGGUUACUGUGGUUACUUUCAUAUUUAUGGUUGCUGGAUUCCUCGCAUUUGUUCAUUGCCGUAGGAAGAAACAGAAGAUUGGAAAUACAUCUGGUCCUUCUGAAGAGAGCAUUGGCAUUGACCAGGCAAAAGAAUUUCAAAGAAAUGGGAGUGUUUCCCCACUCUUAGAUCUUGAAUACUCGUAUAGGUGGGAUCCAUUAGGUGAUGGAUGGAAGGGCAUUGGAUUUUCCCAGGAAAAUCUGAAUAAGUUUAGGUUAGACCUAGAAGAAGUUGAGUCAGCAACUCGAUGCUUUUCCAAGUCGAAUUUACUGGGAAAGACGAACUUCUCAUGUGUGUACAAAGGGAUUCUGAGAGACCGUUCUCCUGUAGCCAUCAGAAGCAUAAAUGUAACCAGCUGCAAGUCCCAGGAAGUGGAGUUCGUUAAGGGCUUGUACUUACUAACAUCGUUACGACAUGAAAACCUAGUCAAGCUGAAAGGCUUUUGCUUCUCAAGGGGCAGAGGCGAAUGUUUCCUCAUUUACCACUUUGCUUCCAAGGGAAACCUGUCCGAAUACCUCGAUCUAGAAGAUGGAACUGACUCAGUUCUUGACUGGCCAACAAGGAUUUCCAUCAUCAAUGGCAUUGCAAAAGGUAUGGAAUAUUUGCACAAAAGUGAAGAAAACAAGCCGCCCAUAGUCCACCGCAACAUAUCUGUCGAGAAAGUUCUCAUCGACCAACAAUUCAACCCAUUGAUUGCAGACUCUGGUCUCCAUAAGAUUCUAGCCGACGACAUUGUCUACUCAACUCUGAAAGUAAGUGCAUCCAUGGGUUAUCUAGCACCAGAAUACAUCACCACAGGCCGUUUUACAGAAAAGACCGAUGUAUUUGCAUUUGGGGUUAUCAUUCUCCAAAUCCUGUCUGGUAAACUUCAACUCACAAACUCAAUUCGGUUGGGGGCUGAAUCUAGCAGGUUUGGAGAUUUUGUUGACAAAAAUCUCAGAGGAGAAUUUUCAGAAUUCAUGGCAGCUAAGCUGGGGAAAAUUGCACUCGAUUGCACCCAUGAAGAACCUAAUAACAGACCAAGAAUGGAGACAAUAGUUAAAGAGCUUAAUGAUUGCAGUGUCAGCCCUUGAUAGGCAUUCUUUUUUCCCAACUUGAGACUGAUGAUGAC